AUGCCCUCCAUCCUCAAGCUCCUUGGGCUCUCGGCCCUGGCCACCACCACCUUGGCCGCCAUUCCCUCCCACAGCGGCUACAGAGUUGUCUGGUCGGACGACUUCAACGGCGGCGCCAACUCCCCCGUCUCCGCCGCGAACUGGGACGUCAUGGCGCGGACGAGCGACGAGAACCAAAACGGCGAGUGGCAGGACUACCGCGCCUCGACCGCCAACGUCCGUCUUGCCGGCGACGGCUCCCUGCAGAUCAUCCCCCGCCGCGACUCCUCCGCCACUCGCGGCUGGACCUCGGGCCGCAUCACUUCCAAGCAGGCCUGGGCGUGCCCGCGCGGCUCCGCUAUGAUGUUCGAAGCGGAGAUCCUUGUGCCGAACUUCACGGGCAGCCCGGCCAUUUUCGACGGCCUCUGGCCCGCGUUUUGGGCACGAGGCAAGACCGUGACGGGCAGCAGACCGCACGAGUGGGACGUUCUGGAGCCGACCAACUGGCUGGGCGGGGACAACCAGGCGGCGCUGCACUACGCCGACGUCAACAAGAACAUGCAGAUCAUAAAAAAGAAGGUGCCGUACAAGGGCGGGGAUUGGCACGUGUGGGCGGUCAAGUCGGACCGGCGCAACGCGGACUGGAAGCAGCAAAAGCUAACGUGGUAUCUGAACGGGAGUCCUUGGCUCGAGUUUAAAGGGUCGGAUUUUGGUGUGGAGUCAGUGUGGCGCGAUAUUGCCUGGAACCCGUUUGAAAUUAUUCUCAACGUUGCCAUCGGUGGUGGACACCCUGGAAAUCCGACUUCGGCUACGCUGGAUGGGUUGUCGAGUGCUAUGAGGGUCAAGUACGUUGCUGUUUAUUUAUCGGAUUGA